AUGUCGUCGAACUCAUAUAUAAGGGAUCAUAGGUACUGCUAUUGCGGUGAAAGGCCAGUCAUUCGAACCUCUUGGACAUCGGACAAUCUCGGCUGCCGAUUUCGUUCUUGCAUUGAGUACGAGGGAGAAGAAAAUCCAGGGUGUAAUUUUUUCUCUUGGGUUGAUCCUCCUAUGUGUAGAAGGUCCACGGAAAUUAUUCCUGGAUUGUUGCGAAAAUCAAAUGUUUUGCGUGCUGAGAAUGAAGAAUUGCGAGAGGAAAACAUUAGAUUGGUUGAAUGCAAGAAGAAGCUGGAGUUAGAGAUGUCGGAUUGGCAAAGGGAGUUGAAGUCCGCGGAAAUGAUUCCUGGAUUAUUGAAGCGAGAGGAAAACAUUAGAUUGGUUGAAUGCAAGAAGAAGCUGGAGUUAGAGAUCUCGGAUUGGCAAAGGGAGUUGAAGUCCGCUAAAAAGGCCAAAUUUUGGUUGCUCAUGGGGGUUGUGACUCUGUUUCUAUACAUGUUCUUAAAGAAC